UGUAGAAGUAAGGACCAUAGCACAUAUGUAUUCGAGGCUAGCUCCUUUUUACAGGUGGCUCUUACCACGCCGUCUGCUUCUAGACAGCUAGGCCCGUACGUCUGAGUAUCGGUACAGUCAGUUUCCAGGGCCACUCACGUUGCUGUCAACAACUCUUGCUGCCUUUAGAACAUGCCAAAUACUCCGAGUGCUGGGGCGGUGGAACGGGCCAAUGCAAGUUACAGUGAACUAUGCCGUCGGCCCCUGAGGCGACAUGCCUCAGGGCCAGCGCAAGAUGCAGCAGGAGCUGUUACUGGGCAGAAGGGCGACAAGAACCCGCUGAGGGGCAGGGGUAACCCUCCAGCGGAAGAGAAGGAGUGGCAAUUCCAGUCGUCAAAGCAUUUCGUCCCUGGGAAAAGCUUCGCGCCUUCCCUGACGGGCGUGUUGGAGCGACGGGCGGGCUCCUCAGGGCCGGCAACCGGCAACUCUGUCCGGACAGAGCUGCGCCUCUCACCCCGCUCCUAUCAGUCGCAUCUGGCGGGUAGUGCCGUUUCCGUGACGUCCGAGGCGAAUGUGGCGAAGCCAAUGCGGCGGCCUGGUUCCGGAACACCCCGCACCCAGCGUGUGUUGGGCGUCGCAGCUGACGCGGAUGAGCCGGUGCAGACCACCUUCGCUCUCUUCGGCUCUAGCAGCCGACAAGGCAAAUAUGGGUUCACCAGGCCGACAACAGCGCCUGCACUCUUUCUGCGCACGAAGGCGCAGACGCGAGUUGGCUACGAAACUGGCCGUAGCGCGCAUGGUGACGUGUUGAACUACCGGCACUCCGGUGGCAUCUGCCCGCCGCAGCACAAGUUGGUCACGGAGCGCCCAGCUGCCCCGCAGCUGACCGCCCCCGCCUCGGAGCAAGCGCGCAGCGGCUUCUUCGACGCCCGCACCAGCUACCAGGUCAACAAGCUGCGCUCGCAGAGGUCUGACAUCCUAGCCAUGGAUUGAGAGGCUGCCCUUGCGUGCAACAGGUGCAAGCUACCGGUACUGGUCGCCGCAUCACAUUUGAUGUACGGAUAAGCUGCUUGUUGCAUGGUACAACAUGUCCUGUGACACUAUGUGUACGUUUUAACAAAUUAUGACUUCGUCAGCCCAUGCGCAGUGUUCUGCGGUAUUUCCUUUUUCACCUAUGGUGACAUUUUGUCUGGUUUUUUAUGCUGUCCUACUGCAAGCAUGUAGGGAACGGCUGUUCGGUAGCAAUACUUUGGAAUGAAUAACCUAAUACGCAUGUGCGUCCGUGCCGGUAUGUGAUACUUGCAGGGGUGUAGUUCAUGAUUCAUGAUGGCGAUGUACCGCUCCUGUGCAAUGGAUAUCCUUCCAAGCAACACAUGAUUUCGCAAACCCGUUUUUCUAUAGGCCAUGGCAUAUCCUUGCUGCUGCCGUGCUGCGCGUUAUGUAAGCUGGCAUUGCUGGG